CCAUUCUCAUCCAUUCCCUUAAUCAAGGUGAGAUAGUGGUUUUCAAGUACUGAAAAAUCAUGGGCAAUUGCUUAGAGACAUGUAGAGAAAGCCAACAACAAGAAGGGGUGAAGAAACAACAGCAGCAGCAGCAACAACAACAUGAAGUAGAAGCUAAAGGAAGUGGUUUUAUUGAAGAAGAAGAAGAAGCAGAAGAAGAAGAAGAAAAAAAAGAUGUUGGGAAAGGUGGUCUCAGGGUGAAGAUAGUGUUGACAAAAGAAGAGCUAGAGUGGUUGAUGUUUCAGUUGAAGGAGAAGGAGAAGGAGAAAGGAAGGAAGUGCUUAGAAGAUCUAUUAGAGGAGUUGGAAGAGGGUAGAGGAAGAACUGAAGCAUGGAAACCCUCUCUAGAGAGUAUCUUGGAGAGUCCUGAAAUGCUUGAGAUGAACAGAUGAUUCAUUCCUCUACAAUAAC